AUGGACUCAGCAGCCCAUCGCCCGAUCGAGCUCCAAUCGCCCGAAGACUUCAUCUACCUCAUCGACAACGUCCGGCGCGCCGCUGCAGAGAACAUCAACGAAGCCUUCCCGCCUGUGGAGGACGGCCAAGAAGAGGACGAGUUGCGCAACCGCAUCGAGCAGCUCGUGAACGACUACAUCGUAACUACAUUCACGCUCGCCGCCCCGAACCUGACAAUCAACGGCCUGCCCGUCGAUCCGUCCCAAUUCCUCUCCUCCCACGGCCUCACCCAACCACAACAGCAGGAAGUCAUUGAGGAGUACGAGCCCUUCGACGCGCGCAAGCGCGACCGAAUCGAGGAGCUGGUCGCCCAGGAGGAGGACCUGCUGCGGUCCAUUGCGCAGCUCAAGCGGCGGGUGCCGGGCGCGACGGCGGCGCGGUGGGCCGACGCCACGCGAGAGGGGAUAGCGGCCGACGAGGCGGCCCUCGAGGCCGCGCGGGGGCGGAUUGAAGAGGACGCGGCGGCCGCCGGACGCAAGGCGCUCGAGGGCAUGGGCGACCUGGACCGGCAGCGGGACGUGGAAGGGAGGUUCAAGGAUGCCGUUGCGGGCUUGGAGAGGUUAAAACGGGACAUGCCGGCCGCCGUGGCCAAGAUGGAGAGGGCGAGGGUGGCGGCUGGGUAUGUGGCUACUAGCACUGGGGGUCGAAGGUAG